GUCAGUUACUAUAGACCGCUGAAGAAUUUUUGUCGAUGGUAGUAUCACUAUCGCCGGUUUGUGGGACUUUUUGAAGAUGUUGCUGCAAGUUGAAAAACGAAACAUUCACAAGAAUCAAAACAAAAUCAUGAAAUUCGGAUGAAGUCGAGAGCAAAUUGUCAUGUAUUGAUAUCGAAGUGUCCUCGGUUGCACACAGAACACAUCGUGUUCGAGUAAGUACUUACCACUGUCCUCUCAAAUCAUCGUGGAUAAUCGACAACAUCUUCGUCGUUCUUACGAUUUGUCUCGACAGAAUCAGAAAGUUUGGUCGAUGGCUGAAAGUAAGAGAAGACGUGCAAGCGCUCGUUUUUUGUCGAUGGCUCAUAGUAAGAGAAGAGGAUGAAGACAUGCAAGCGCUCGUUUUUGGUCGAUGGCUGAAAGUAAGAGAAGACAUGCAAGCUUUUUUUUUCUCUUUUUUCUUCUGAGGUCGAAGGAUUCCUCUUCGUGACAACGACAAGUGUGCUUGCUCCUACAAGAAUGCUCACAAAUAGAACACUAAUUCACCACGUUUCAUCUUCUUAUAAAUCAGAGUGUAGAGGAGACGGUGAUACUAAAAUUGAACAUGAGCAGUCUCCUCCCUCCCAUCCCUAAAAGCGUUAUCUACGAUUUUUUCACUCUCUUUAUUCUAUGUCUCACAACGUUGUUGUUGCGUGUGUCUCUGGAAAUCAGAAGUAUCAUCUAUGAUUUGAUCAUACUGGCACUUGUAUCUUUGGUAUUGAUUUUAUCUUUCAUAUCUAAUCUCGUUUCGAGUACUACGUUUCAGUGUUAGGGUAGCGUCGUCGAGGAACAUUAGAUCUACCUAGUCCACUUCCUCCAAGAAAAGCCUCUAGGAACAAGAAGAAUCACUACCAUUGGGUCCUAGUCCACUUCCAAGAGAAGCAACCAGGCUUCCAAAGAGAGAUCCUUGGGUCCUGGUCCAUUUCCAAGAAAACACAAAAUGAUAUUUCCAGAGUUGGGGAACUUCGUAACGAAGGUUGCCUUUGGGGGCAGUCUUGUAGACGAUGAUCCCUCUACCAAUUAUGGUCCCACCUCCACCCCUAGAAGGCGCAUUCGAACAACGAUUAGCCGACUUCCACACCAAUCGCAGGGAGCAACGCCAUCGACGUCUUCGACGUCUGCGUCUUUUAUUGAUCAAAAGGACAGUUCGCGAGUGAUCAGAACGACAGUGCAUCGAAGCCGGGAGCACAGUUUUCUUUUGGCGAAUUUCCUAGGAGCUUCUACCGCGUCUAGUUCGUCGAGCAGGCGGAACUUCGAAGUAGAGCAUGAAGAUGAGGGUCGUGGUUGGAGGUCUGAUACAGAAGUGGGAAGUAGAAGUUCUUCCAGUUGUUUGGGUUCCGAACCUGGUAGUUCGCCAACAUCAAAUCGAGGAAGUCCAGCGCCGCAACAAGAACCCAUGCCGCAUCCUAGUAGAAGUAGCCGACGGAACAAACAUGAGCAUGACGCAAGAAGAACAUCAUCGAGGAGAGCAGAAGGGCAAGAAGAGCAACACGAAGGAGAUGAAAGUAGAAGGAGAACGAGCCACAACACUUCGGCCGCUAGAAAAUCUUGCGAUGCUGGACACGAAAAAUGUCUUCUUCUCUUUGAUGUGAAAAAUCAUAGCGCUUCAACCUGUUCUGAGACAAGUUCAGAGACAACUUCUCCUAGGAAAAGAAGCUUAGCUGAGCACGAGUCUGAUCUUUUGGACAAAUAUCCAGUAGCUGAAGCACUCUGCGCACAGGACCCAUACUGGCAGCACUUGCUGCAGACAUUCUUCAUGAACCUCACACUCGCGAAAUCAGCUUCGGUAUUUUCAAUCUUACAUAAGCGUAGCUCUGUUGAUUCUUCAACCAUGUUCAUAUUCUAGCUCUCUUGAUAUUUGUCUCUACUAGCAGCUACUUUUUGCUAUUCGCUACGCUCAUGAUGACCAUUAUAUCAGGCAAUCGCAUUAUUGAAAGCGCCAGUUCUUGCGCCAUUCAUGGCCCUCGCCUCUGGAACUGCAGUGAUACCUGCUCCGCCACGACCCCUGCAGCGACGUUCUGAACCAAAAGUGACCGCUGGGCCUGGUAUUUGUUGCAGGAAAUCCUCUUUCAUUGAAUUAGAAUUAGUUCAUAUACAUAUUUCUGAUUCCUGAGACCACUACUUUCACUCGCAUCCUGUACCAGAAAUAGAUGAUUGCUCCUAACAUUCACUUCCACCUGUACAUGAUCCAAAGAACAGCAAAAUUCAUCCCAUUCACCUUCAAUAGGUUCAGCCCUGAACGCAUUUCAGCAGAAUAAAGAGGAGACGCAGUUUAUGGAGCUAAUUUUCCCUGGGUUCGAUGGCGACACCUUUAUCUGGAAUCUGACACUGGCACAAAUUGCGACGUUCGGAUUCACGAUGCUUAUCGGUCACCAAAAAGCUAACCCGACGCCUUGUGCAUUGUACUCUUUCAGCCUUUUCUUGCUCAGAGUUUUGUUGUGAUGGAGAUGGGAAUGAUAAUCUUGUCAGCUGAAGCUACGGAGUGAGUGCUGGACGCCCUUUACGCAGUAGCGGAGGGCGAUCGGGGUCGUCGAACUCGUCUUUCGCCCAGGCAAAAAAAGGACAGCAGUGCGCGGCAGCGCUUCUGGGUGGGAACGGGCGCCGCAAGGGUGAGGGGGGCGCACGCAUCGGCGGACGGCGCUCAGAGUGGUGGGCGCGAUUGGUUUCGCCUUCUUGCCGGCUUUGCUAGGGUGCAGCGCCCUGGCGCAGUGCUCGAGCGUUUGGCCCUCGCACUCUGUGCCGGCGGCGCAACGGUCUGCGCGCUGGCGCCAAUGCCUUCCGAGUUGUAGGCGCAGGCAGCCGCCAAAGGCUGGGGCGUUGUCCAUUGCCGGGCUGAAUUGGAGACCGCGCGGAGGCCGGAAAUAUAUGGGGGGGCAUGGGUUUGCGGCUCGCUGCUCAACAGCUGAAGCGUGGGCGCCUUCGCGGGGUGGGGGUAGCUGCAGGGGGGCCAUGUUGAGUGUUCCCCCCGGGUUUGCUUUUCUCCCGGGCCCUUCGGCUCGCAGCGUGCCGCUGCCACGCUCUUGCGUCAGGCGGGCGCGCUUGUGCCAAAUGGCCAGGGCCAAAGGCCAGGCGGCCUCUUUGUGCCGCCGCCUAUGCCUCUGCGCCUUGGGGCUGUUUGGCAAAACGCAAGCGCGCGCAACUUGGGGCCGCCAGACCUGCCCCAGGCUACGCGUUUCCAGGUGAGCAGCCACAUACCAACAAACAGGACCGCCAGCGCCACGGCUUGGAGCCUUUCCCCUUGCAGCUGUGCGACAUUUUGACCCCGAGCGACCUCGAAGAAGUGGAGCGCGGGAGCGGCUGGCCCGAGUGGUCUGGGAUGGAGUCGAAAAACAUCUGCGGCGUGCGACGUAGCCACGCGGAGGCGUAUGAGGGCCUGGCGGGGCGGGAGGUCCUUGAGGUUCUCACCAAAGGCCCCCGUAGCCGGAGCGCUGAGGGCCUGGCGAGUGUCGAGCUUUAUCAUUAUCGUGUGCUCGUCAGGUUCGGCGAGGAAGUCUGCGGGCGUCUUGCCUUCCGGGCGGAGCUCUGGCCCGUUUGCGUCAAGGCUUUCGACCACUCGACCCGCUUCGACCGUCUGGCGAUCCUGAUGAUCUUGGGAGGGAAGUGGCGCCGGGACCUUCGUGCAGUGUUCCACUUGCUUCGCCGUUUGCGGGUGCCAGAAGCUUACACAGCGGAGAAGUUCCGCCACACACUGGAGAGACCCAUCGGGGGCGCUCCACUUCGUUGCCACUACUUCACAAGGCGCGCGCGCCAUGUGGGCGAUCUUGCGCGUGAGGGUGGCGAACGGAGAGCAGGCGUUUCGUCUGAGGGGUGAGGAGUUACCAAGCGCACAACCCCCCACCGAGUUGGCGAAGGAGAUGGCGGAGCGCCUGGGCCUCCCGACGAACCUCAAGACCUUCGGCGCCCUCUUGUAUAGGUUUACACCUAUGGCGACGCGCACGGGGCUACAGCUGGACACAUUCUGGCGGUUUAAGGUGGGAGCGGCGUCGCUGUCGUCGAUUUGUGGCCUAGCUUUGAAGCAGAACGGGAAAACGGCAGCGGCGGCGAGUAGUGGCUGAGUGGUGAAGCAGGAGAGAAUGGAAAGACAGCGGCAAACAUCAAACGCAGGGGCCCCCUCCGCGCUUGCCGCGUAGUCCAGCCGCUUGGGGAUUUGUGUCGCUUAUGUCACGCGGGUAGGUGGCGCCGCCGCCUCGAGGGAGCACGAGAGCAGGGGCUCACCCCGAGUCUUCUGCGCUUGGAUGACUCGCCUUUCGCACAUGCUUGGCAGUCCCGCCCGCACCACAAGCAACCCAGAGGCGCUCGGCUUCUAUUUGUGCUUUUUAUUGGGAAGCGAUCGAAGGGCGCGCCCCGCUUGGUUUAUUUAUUUCUUGCCCGCCUUUGUUCUUCUCUUCGUUGCCCGCCCUUUCUUUGCUUGGGGAAGUAAGAGGAGUUGUGAGGGUGGGCGGAUGUGUGGCGUCGAGUACGCUCAUCCCAAUUCAAGCCUGACUUCCUCUCCAUUCAAUAAGAUGAUCAAGAUCAAAAACAGCACGGGAACGUCUUCAAACAUUCACACGUUAUGGCGAUUACCUUCUUGCCGUCGCCGUCAACGCCAUCGAUCUACACCGUCACAACCACAGGUAUUCCCUCGGUGCUUCUUGGGGUCCUGCACUGGCUCGUGGACAACUGUGGCGUUUAGUUUGUCCUAUGAUGCUGCAUGCCAACAUGAUGCAUCUAUUCUUCAACGUCUUUUUUCAACUGCGUAUUGGGUUCGGAAUGGAACGGCAGUUCGGCAAAAGCAAAAUGCGACUUAUCUACCUCACGUGCGGUGUCAUCGGGAACCUAGUGAGCGUAAUGCUGGACCCUUUCAAGCUGUCAGUUGGCGCAAGCACAGCGGGAUUUGGUCUAAUCGGUGUCUGGGUAGCAGAAAUCGUAAUGAGUUGGGAGAUGCUCGGAGCCAAUCGUGAUCGCACACUGAUCUGGAUAUUGUUCAUUUAUGAAAAAGAAAAAUGUAAUAGGGGUUGGACUCCAACCACAAUUAUACAUACCGAUCUUCAUGACAUUGAGUGUUGCUGUUUGCUAUUUCAAUUUCUUAAUCUGAUAGAACAACUCGCAACAGUUUCAGUCCCAGUCAGUCGUAUCUCGAAUCUACACCAUGAUCUUCAUCCUUGAAUGGUUAAGCCGCUUCUGAAGAUAUUGACAAUUCUCUUCGAAAUGUUUGAGGUAGCAUCGUGGUGAGCAUUUACGACGCCCCUAAGGCAGUCUGCACUGAACCUUGUGCGACCUUUCUUGUAUUGUAUUGCAUAACCUUUUCUUCGAAGAUGCUUUCGUCUCUAACCUCUGCUUGUUUCGGUCACCACGAUGAGUGGCAUGACACCUAAUAUGGACCUUUACGGACACUUCGGCGGCGCGCUGGGCGGUUUUCUCAUGUUAUGAAUGCACUGAAAGUGAAGUUGUAAUUGAUGAUUGCCUGGACGAUGAUUGGAAUCUUGUUCUACUAUGAGAAGUACUUAGAAAUGAUAGAGAAGAUGAACAACAGCAUCUUGUUCUACUAUGAUAAGUACUUAGAAAUGAUAGAGAAGAUGAACAACAGCUCUAAUUUCGGCCCUAGUGAUGGCGGACAUGAAGAGUGAGCAUCGACCCCCAUGGUACAACGCGAUGAAACGGUUUGGUUUUGGUGGUCUUGCAACCGUCGUAGCUGCCGGCGGAUGGAAACUGCUCCACACCCCAACCACGCCGAUUCCGGACUGCGCUGCCAUGUUUCCUGCGCUUUCUCACCUAGUAGACCAUACCAUGAAUGCACUGCCUAGCAUUUUCUCAGCUGUUACGACGACGAUGUGA